AUGCCACUUGAGGAAGUUAAUGUUAACUCUAAUGAUUUGCUAAGCUUGAAGGAGAAUUUAACGAAUCGAAAGACGGAACCAUCAAGUGGUAUUCGCGAAACAGCUGCCACUACUCUAAGAUGCGAAUCAAAUGGAGAGAUUUUGUUGGUCGAAAAUCCAAAUCGUUUUGUUAUAUUUCCUAUCAAAUUUUAUGACAUUUGGGAUUAUUACAAGAAGGCAUUGGCAUCAUUUUGGACUGUUGAUGAGGUUGACCUCAGUAAGGAUUAUCGUGAUUGGGAGAAUUUAAACGAUGGGGAGCGUCAUUUCAUCUCAAGAGUUCUGGCGUUUUUUGCCGCCUCAGAUGGUAUUGUCAACGAAAAUUUGGUAAAUCGUUUCUCGCAAGAAGUCCAGGUGCCAGAAGCACGGUUUUUCUACGGUUUUCAAAUUAUGAUCGAAAACAUUCAUUCUGAAAUGUACUCCAAAAUGAUUGAUACAUAUAUUCGAGAUCAAAAACAAAAGUCUCUCUUAUUCAAUGCAAUUUAUGAAUUCGAAUUCGUUAAGAAGAAAGCCGAUUGGGCGCUGUGUUGGAUUGCUGAUAUAAGUGCUUCCUAUGCGGAACGACUGAUAGCUUUUGCUGCUGUUGAGGGAAUAUUUUUCUCCGGAAGUUUUGCUGCAAUAUUUUGGCUGAAAAAGCGCGGUUUGAUGCCGGGUCUAACACAUAGCAAUGAAUUGAUUUCAAGAGACGAAGGCUUGCAUCGCGAUUUUGCAUGUCUCUUGUAUUCUUAUAUCAAAAAUAAACCUUCGGAGGAAAGAAUUUAUCAGAUUAUUCGCGAGGCGGUUGAUAUUGAAAAGGAGUAUUUGACGGAAGCAUUACCGGUCGAUUUGAUUGGCAUAAAUUGCAAGUUGAUGUGUCAAUAUAUUGAAUAUGUAGCUGAUCAUUUACUAACAGAACUCAAUUGCGCAAAGAUAUACUGUUCGGAUAAUCCAUUUGAUUUCAUGGAGCGUAUAUCUAUCGAAGCGAAAACUAAUUUUUUUGAAAAACGUGUCAGUGAGUACCAGAAAGCUGGUGUUUUAAGCAGCGAAGAGGGAAAAAGUUUCAAGUUAGAUUCGGAUUUUUGA